AUCGUCGGCGGCGACCUGGCCGCGCCCGGGCAGGUGCCCCACAUGGCGCUGCUGGGCUUCGGGCCGCUGCCGGCCGUCAAAUGGCUGUGCGGCGGCGCGCUCAUCAGCCCACGCUGGGUGCUCACCGCGGCACACUGCGUGCGCAGCGCCAAGGGCCCCGCGCGGUGGGUCCGCCUCGGGUCGUGGCUGGACGGCCAGGCGGAGGGGCCCGGCGCGCAGCAGCUGGCCGUGGAGGAGCAGGUCGCGCACCCCGCCUACCGCCCGCCCGCGCACUACAACGACAUCGGCCUCGUGAAGCUGGCCGAGCAGCCGGUGCUGGGCCCGGCCGUGAGGCCCGCCUGCCUGCACACGCAGUACACCAUCAAUGCCACCAAGGCGCAGGCCUGCGGCUACGGCAGCGUCGAGUACGCGGCGGAACGCCAGGGCGACGCCCUGCGCUGCGUGUGGCUCCCGCUGCUGCCGCGCGUCGACUGCGCCAAGUACUUCGGGGAGGUGAUGGGCACGAACCAGCUGCCCCAGGGCAUGCCGCGGAGCCUCCUGUGCGCGGCCGAGCUGGCCGGCGGCAAGGACACCUGCCAGGGCGACUCGGGCGGACCGCUGCACCUCCUGUCCGACGUACCCUACUGCACCUACACCCUAGUGGGGGUCACUGCCUUCGGCAAGUUCUGCGGGUACGCCAAGUCGCCGGGCGUGUACACGCGCGUGUCCUUCUUCCUGCCCUGGAUCGAGGACGUGGUGUGGGCGAGGGAAGGACCGGAGGGACCGGACCGCACGGACUACGACUACGACGAGUACUACGAGGACUACGACUCUCAAUAUGAAGCAAACUAUCCUCAUGUGGAUGCGCCCUGGUUGUUGUAUGAAGAAUACACGUAGACUGAAUUGAACUGCAUUGAACUGUACCCUUCUACUUACUUGACCAUAUGGUUUGACUAAUGAGUGAUUGUAUUGAAAUGUAAAUAAGUUCACCAACAA